AUGGGUGGUAACCACCAGCGCCAAUACCUAGAAGAGCCUGUAACAAAAGCCACAGACCCCAUGACCUGCAGUAGCUCAAGCACAUUUGUCCGAGUGAAGGUUGUCUACUUAGUGCCAGCUGGUCUGACGUUUCUGGUCAGCAUUAACCCCUCUAUAACAGAUAACAGUGUUUGGAGAAGCCUCUGUGACUUUCAUUCUGCUUCUUGUAUUGUUGGGACCAUUGCCUUGGCUUGCUCUUUGUUUGCCUAUGCUCAAGGAAACAUUUUGCAUGAAGAGGAAGGCAGAGAGUUGCUUGGUCUGGUGAUUAUUAUAAUAUGGAUGAGUCUUUGUCACAGUUCAGCAAAGGGUCCACUGGGUGGAGUUUACUUGAUGGCUGCAGUCCUUCUUGCCCUCUUCCCCUUGAUUACAUGGCUGUACAUUUAUGUGAACAAAGAGGUGCGAGCAUCUUGGCCAACCCACUGUAAAACAGUUAUUUAA